AUGGUGGAGAUUUAUGAUGAAGAGCUAAGCCCUGAGAGCGAAAUAAUGGAGGUGGAAGAAGAAGAAGAAGAAGAAGAGGAGGUGAGCUACCAUGAACUGAAGAAGCGCAUGUGGAAAGACCGUAUGCGAAUGCAAAAGCUCAAAGCCGCCAAGCGCCGGAAUGACGCCGCCGGCGAGGACGAAGAUUCCUCCUCCUCCUCGUCGGCGGCGGCGGACGCAGCGGCCAAGCAAGAGCAAUCUCGCCGGAAGAAAAUGUCGCGGUCUCAAGACUCGAUUCUCAAGUACAUGGUGAAGAUCAUGGAGGUGUGCAAAGCGCAAGGGUUCGUUUACGGGAUCGUGCCGGAGAAGGGGAAACCGGUUACCGGCUCCUCCGAUAGCCUCCGGGGAUGGUGGAAAGAAACAGUUAAGUUCGAGCAGAAUGCUCCGGCGGCGAUAGCCGAGUUUCUACCCAAAUUAGUCUCGUCCGCCGCCGCGGCGGAUCUCCACGAUCCAUCUUCAAGCCUCGUAUACCUCCUCCAAGAUUUCCAAGACACCACCUUGGGGUCAAUGCUGUCGGCCUUAAUGCAACACUGCGCGCCGCCGCAGCGGCGUUUCCCGCUAGAAAAGGGGCUGGCGCCGCCGUGGUGGCCGUCGGGAAAGGAGCUCUGGUGGGGCCACCAAGGGUUAGCCCAAGAACAAGGCCCACCGCCUUACCGGAAGCCUCACGAUUUGAAGAAAGCGUGGAAGGUAAGUGUUUUGGCGGCAAUCAUCAAACACAUGUCCCACGACACCGACAGGAUGAGAAGACUGGUCAAACAAUCUAGGAUUUUGCAAAACAAGAUGACCGCCAAAGAGACAGCAACGUGGGCCAAAGUCGUUGACCAAGAAGAAGCCCUCCUUAACCUCACCCACAAAGCACUCAACAUUUCCUCUCCCGAUGAUGAUAAACAAAAAUCCAUAUCCCAAACUUCCAAAUUAAGAACCAGAGAGAAGAGAAAGAGAGGAUUAUUGGUUGAAGAAAAAGAAGAUCUUUUUGGGUUGACGAAUAGCGAUGCAUUAUUAGCAAUGGUUCCACAUGCAGAGAGGAGUAUUAUUAAUUCUGGGCAUGGAGAUAUAAGCCAACAACUGCCUGAGUGGAUAACUGAGGAGAUCCAAAGAAGCUUCCAAAGCUACCAUGCACAAACAAGCAAUGGAGGAUUGGGAAACUAUUGGAAUGAAUCUGUGAUCGAACAUCAGUUUAUGUAUGAUGACCAUUCAGAAGCGCGUGGAGACCAAACCUUCACUCAUGAACCGGCAUCUAUCUGGGAUUUGACGUAUAUACCAUGA